AUGGCGCUGACAAAUGACAAGCCCGCUGCGAAGAAGAUUCUUUGCGACAGCUGUGACAGUGAAGAAGCUGCUCAAAGCCGUUGCAAUGAAUGUGGAAUAUUUCUUUGUCAAUAUUGUACCGAGUUUCAUAAACGAUCUCGGUCAAUGAAACAUCACGAGCUGGUGACCAUGGAGCAAUUGAAAUCCAAUCCAGGUCCCCAGAACAUUGCUGAGAAGAUACGAUGUCCCAAACACAAGGAAGAAGUCAUCAAGUUGUUUUGUAAAACAUGUCAAACAACCAUUUGUAGAGAUUGCACCAUCGUUGAUCAUCGGCAGCAUGAAUAUGGGUUUGUUGAAGAAGUCGCUGUCGAAGAAAAACGUCAUUUGCAAAGCAAUCUUAAUGAAGUAAAGCAAAGAAAAGGAAGAGUCGCACAGGGAAUUGCAAACCUGAAGAAAUUUGAUGAAGAUCUGGAGGCUAAGAAGACGUCAACAAUCUCAGAAAUCAGUCAGCACUUCGAUCAACUUGUCAAAGCUGUGGAAUCUCGGAAAAGAGAAAUGACGGAAAAAGCGACUUCCAUUACGAAUUCCAAACAAAAACAGAUUCACGCCCAGUUAGAGGUCUUAGAAGUGGCUUUAGCAAGUUGUGAAAGCAGCAUCGAGUUUACAGAGCAAGCGUUCAAGAAUAGCAACGAUGUUCAAAUAUUGAGCAUGGAGAAGUACAUUUUGCAGUCUUUGGAGCAGCUGAAAGCAGUUAAAGAUCAAACAAAGCCUUGUGUCACUGAAGACAUGGUGUUUAUCAUUCCUUCGUCGGUGCAGGAAAAAAAGAAACAGUUGUUGAUUGACUAUGACGUAGAUGACGUUGUAGCAAAUCCUGAAAGUUGCACGGCUUCCUUUAAAGAAACCAAAGCAACAUUUAAUCCUGGGAAACAGUACUCCAUAACAUUAAUCUGUCACGACAAAAAUAACCGAAGAUUAAGAUGCGGAGGUCAGGACAUCAAACCGUCGUUCACUGGAAUGGAGGUCAGUGAUGUUGUCGUUACUGAUAAUAAGGAUAGCUCCUACACUAUCAGCUGUUGUCCUCGUCAGGGUGGAAUGUUGAAGUUCGAGGUAUCCAUCAAUGGAACGCCUGCUCCAAAUUGUUCUUUGACAAAACAAGUGAAGUGGGUUAUAAGUUAUGCUCAUGGUAAAGGUCGUAUUACUGAUGGUGGACGUACAAUGAGGAGUGAUGGUGAUUACUGUUGCAGAGUAGGUGGAUGUUACUUUGAUUCCGGAGUCCACACGUGGAAAGUUCAAUUGAGUAACUUUAGCUUUGAUCCACUCAGUGCUGAAGUUGGAAUCAUCGACUAUGACGAAAUUAAUGCAGAUAUUGCUCAGAGCGAAAAGAAGUGUGUUCAUAAGUGUUCUGUCCCACCUGGUUGUUCCGCUGAUAUUUCCUUUAAUCUGGAAAUGGAAAAAGGAACAUUGAACGUCAAGGUGAAUUCGAAUAGUCGUUUUGGCUCUAGUACUAACAGCUAUCAGUUCACUGCACGUCGUGUUUCACCUUUCUUUGCGUGCAGCUCACCUAAUCUGCGUAUUCGUUUAGUGGAAUGA